AUGCGCAUAAAUUUCAAGUUUUCAACGGCCGGACGGAGCCUCGUUGUUGGUUCCUUGUUUUACACGUGUCCUCAUAUUGCCACGUUUCUCUAUAACAUGCAAUUUAUAUCUGCUGCUGCAAAAACCUUAACAGUUUCACCAAAUAUGUCUCCUCCUUUUGCAAUCUCGUCCACAAGAAAAUCCAUUCCCCUUUAUGCAUCGAGUUCAAGAGCUCUUCUCUCAUCUCAAAGUUUCAACAAAAAUCUGAAGCAGCCCUGUAAUGAUGGCUCAGUAAAAUCUCCGCUGGAGAUGACUGAGAGUCCGUUUCUUCCAAUAUCUGAUCUAGUUCCACAAGAAAGGCCAUCUGAUCCGCCGCCGCUGUCACCUGGAUCAAAUCCAGGUCCGGAAUUCCCGAUUCCGCCACAUCCUUCGGCGCCUGUGCCCGAGGCGCCGCGGCCACCAAGUCCUUCACCACCUGGAUAUCCUGAGAUAUUUCCACCACAUGCGCCGGAUAUCACACCGCCGGAGCCUGGGCCACCCCCACCAAGGAAACCCAAGAUCAUGCCGUCACCAAUUAUAGUGUAG